AUCGCGGUGGAAGGGAAGCGCUGGCGGUCCGCGGGGUCAGCUGGCGAGGCCGGGCAGGGAUCGGGCCAUGGAGGCGGGGGAGGCGCUGGGGGUGGCCGCGGCGUUGCUGCUGGGUCUCUACGCGCUGCUCUACUACUACUUCGUGGCGGCCACCCGGUGUCGGAACGCGGUCAGCCUGCGGGGCAAAACGGUGCUCAUCACAGGUGGGAGUACUGGGAUCGGGAAGGCCACGGCAGUGGAUCUGGCCCGGAGAGGCGCCCGCGUCAUUCUGGCAUGCCGCGACAAAGCGAGAGGAGAAUCCGCCAUGUACGACAUCAGACGGGAAAGUGGGAACUCGGAGGUGAUCCUGAUGAUCCUGGAUCUGUGCAGCCUGAACUCCGUGCGAGCUUUUGCGCAGACCUUCUUAGAAUCGGAGCCCCGUCUGGACAUCCUCAUCAACAACGCAGGGGUCUUUCAGGGUGGCCAAACCGCCGAUGGCUUUAGCCAGAACUUCCAGGUCAACCACUUGGCCCACUUCCUGCUGACCCACCUGCUCCUCGACCGGCUGAAGCGCUGCGCCCCGAGCCGGAUCGUAAUUCUGGCCUCAAGUCUGCACGCCUAUGGGAAGAUCGACUUUCGGACCAUCCACAAGCCGGUGGAAGGGAUGUGGCAGGUGAUAAUAUCGUACAGCAUCAGCAAACUAGCCAACAUUCUCCACGCAAGAGAGUUGGCCAACCGUCUGGAAGGAACCAAUGUUACUUGCUAUGCGGUUCAUCCAGGAUCUGUUAGAACCGAAAUCGGCCGCUCUUUUCCACGGUGGGUAUUUCGGGUGUUUGGGCUCAUGAAGGUGUUGAGACGAGAUUGUGAUGCGGGUGCCCAGACCUCCAUCUACUGCGCCACCGAGGAGGGCAUCGAGAGGCUGAGUGGGCGGUAUUUUGUGGACUGCCAUGCAAGGGUGCCCUGGCCACAGGCCUGCGAUGACCAGCUGGCCAAGAAGCUCUGGGAAUUCAGCGAGAGGCUUCUGGGACUGACCGCUUAAGAGGGAAGGGACAGAAAUGGAGUUUGAGGUCACCAUAAGCGGUGACCAAUUAAACUGGGGGAGCAAACUGCAGGGAAUCUGGAAACUUCUCUGAGGUUGUGGCUGAGACAAGUGUUGAAUUUCCGAGAAUUUAAAAAAAACUGGGAAGUAUUGUGGGGUUUGUGGUGGAGAGUUGAUCGGCGUUGGUCCGUAAGUAUCUUUUAAAUAAAGAAACCGACUCCA